UAUUUUCGUAGCGAAACCAAAAAUCAUUUAUAUUUUAUAUACGAAAGAACGUUUAUUAUGUACAUAAGCGUUGAUAUCAUCUUUAAAAGUAAAAUUUAAUUACAGCUGGGUAUUUUCCCACGGUGAUUGCGACACAAUUGGUUUAAAUGACGUCACAGUUAUUUGAUUGUGACGACAUUGCGUACUUUUACCCUUGUUUUUAAUCCAAACUUGAAGUUGUUUUACAUACAGCAGCAGUUUUGACAAUCUUUUUCGAAAAACAUGGCCCGCACCAGCGGGAGGUAGUGGUUGAUUUGGACCUGCAAACUUGUACCAAGUAUGGAAUGGCCAGAAACCUGUCUGGCGAAAAAACUGCGAAAAACUGGGUCAGAAAGAACGAUGCGUUUUCUAGGAUUUCAGCCUUCUGCGGAUUACUUUUAUUGGCUGGACUCACGAAUGACAUUUGUCAAUACACCUUCAUGGAAAAGCCGCUGGAAACAACGCAAGAUUUUACAUACAUUACCUUGGUUUUACACAUCCUUUCGUUCCUUACUUCUGUCCUUGCGUUCGUCUUCUCCACCGCUCGUUAUAAAGCGAGGACAGACCGAAUAUCCUGCAUGCUUAUAGUGUGCAACGGACUGCUGUUUCUGAUUCGAAUUGUAUUGGAGCUUACCCUUAUCAACUACAGACGAGAGUAUUACAACUCAUGAUUUAAAAUAAACGCAAUCAAAAUAAACCGC